UGUGUGUGUCGGGGCAAUGUGGAGCAGAAACGGAGAAGGCGAAGGACAGGCAACAUGGAGGUCAACAUGAACGGACGCUUCAAGAAGCUGACGAGCAUCGGGCGGGGCACCUUCGGCGAGGCCUGGCUAGUGGUCAGCACGUGCUCCGGCCGCAGGUACGUGAUGAAGGAGGUGCGGAUGGACGACUUGAGCGAGGAGGAGGUGGAGAAGACGAGGCUGGAGGCUGAGGUGCUCGCCCGCUGCCGCCACGCCAGCAUCGUCCGCUACAAGGAGUGCUUCAUGAGGCCCUCCCCGGCGACCAUGUGCCUCGUCAUGGAGUACGCCGACGGAGGUGAUCUGUCCCAGCGAGUGUCGGAGGCGCGGCGUCAUGGCGUGCGGCUGGACGAGAGCGUGGUGCUGGACUGGUUCGUGCAGAUAGUGUUGGCGGUGCAGUACCUCCACGCUAACAACAUCCUGCACAGAGACCUGAAGACCCAGAACAUCUUCCUGACGCAGAGCAACUUGGUGAAGGUCGGGGACUUCGGCAUCGCGCGGCUGCUGCAGGACAGACAGGACCUGGCCACCACCACCAUCGGCACGCCCUUCUACCUGUCCCCGGAGAUAUGUAAAAGACGCCCGUACAACCACAAGUCUGACAUGUGGGCGUUGGGGUGCGUCCUGUACGAGCUGUGUGCCCUGCGUCAGCCCUUCCACGCCCUCACCUUCGAUCGGUUGGUCAACAAGAUCCUGCAGGGAGCGUACGAACCCAUGCCAGAGUCCUACUCCUCGCUGGUGCAGGAUCUUACAAGGAUACUCCUGCGAACGGUCCCUGAGAGGCGUCCUUCCGCGGGUGCCCUUCUGACCCUGCCCGGCCUGACCCCCUACGUGCAGGGAUACCUCGAGAGGUACGAGGAGUCCCUAGGGAAGCGGGAACACGAGGACAAGGACUCCCCCGCCCUCCCCCUCGCCGCCCCCCCGCCCCCCGUGGCCGCCGCCCCCCUCAGGAAGGACCCCCUGGAGGACCCCCCACACCUGGCCAGGCUGAAGGACAGGUCGAGGCAGAAGAGGAAGAGAGGCAGCGUCGACCUCGGCAGCCUCAACACGCGGCAGGGCGGGAAAGGUCACUGGCACAAGGAAGACACGAAAUCCAACCCACGAAAUCGUUGCUCCUCCGAUUCCUGCCUAAGACCUUCCUCCUCCCCUCCUGACUCCCCUCCCGUCCCUUCUGCCCCCCCUUCCUCCCCAUCCUCCCCUUCCCCGCCCCUCUCCCCCCACGCACGCGGCCUCCCCACGCCCCCAGCCUCCCCCACCAGCGGCAAUGACGGUGUUUUUGUGAGUCCUUUGCCGCGCCAGUCCCGAAGAAGACCCGAUACGCCCUGGCCCAGGCUGAGGAACAGGCUGUCGAGGUGAGGAAGCGGAUAAAAUAAGGAACCGUGUGAUGAAGAAACAUAUGAACGGAGACUUGUAGGGGAUGAAGAAGCGGAUAAACUAAGGAAACUUGUGGAGAGGAGGAGGAUAAGUAAAGCUAAAGCAGAGACUGUCGAAGGUGAAAAAGCGGAUAAACUAAGGAACUUGUGGCCGAGACGGAUAAACUAAUGAGGAUGAAGCUUUUAAAUUGUGGAAACUGUUGUGGCGAUGAUGAUGACACGGAUAAAUUAAGGAAGUACUGCUUGGGUAAUUACAGUAAAGGAAGAAAAUAAUAGAAAUAAAGUCGAUAAUCCAAGAAAAUGAAAAAAAAAUGAAAAGAAAAGAAAUUAAGUGAAAGUAAAUAUUGUCGAAGUGUUAGCAAUAGAGGAAAGAAACGGAAAUAUUGGAAAUAAAACUAAAAGAAAUAUUGUCAGUGAAAAUAAAUGACUGAAGAGAAAAAAAAGUGGAUACAAAAAAAGGAAAAAAAAUAAUUAUGGAGUAAAAAAAUUGGCAGACAUGAUUUUUUUUGUUUAGUUUUAUGAUUGUCUUUUAUCCUCCUCCUCCUCUUUCCUCUUCUUCCUUCUCUUUCUCUUCCUUUUAUCGUUUGUGUAAUCUUUUUUAGUUUUGUUGUAUUUUAACAUUUCUUUUUUGUUUUAUUUCUUUAUUCCCACAUUUCCUCCUCCUUUUUUCCUCUUCCCUCUCUUUCUUUUUUUUCUCCUAUUCCCUCUUCAUUUCAUAUUACUUUUCUCCUUCCACAUCUUUUCCUUUCCCUUCCCUUCCCAUCCUUUCCUUUCCUUUCCUUUCCUUUCCUUUCCUUUCCUCUCCUCUCCUCUCCUUUCCUUCCCAUAAUUCUGUUCCCAUCCUCUCCUCCUCCUCCUCCUCCUCCUUGUCCUCUGACAGUACUAAUUAUGUAUAUUUUAUUUAUUUCCCUCUUCUCUUAUUUUUUAAUUUUUUAAAGCGUCGAGCGAAAAACAAUAAAAUAAAUAACCACAAAUGUUUUAAACCGACGAGUCUCGCAAACGUUUUAAAUAUGUGUCCCAACGUUUGUGAUAAGUAUAUAUAUUUUUUUUGUCAUAAAGGCUGUUGUUGUACCUCU